AUGCUCUUACACAACGAUACAAAUGCUGGUACAAGUGGUUAUGCCUCCGUCGAAAACCGGGCUCCUCGGCGAAAGGAGUUUGUAUUUGCGCGGACGGGACCGAUGCGCAUCAACAUGAGGGUUUUCUCAAAGCAAGACGAUCAGAAUACUCUCUACUCGAUACAUAUCUCAGGUCUGUUCAGCGACAUUACGGAUAUCGAAAUGCAUGCAGGCGCCGAGAAAGGCUACCAGGCACUUGGCAGCUGUCGCUUCAACAAAUUCCGAACAUCUCAAAUCCAAUUUCGCCUAAAUGACGAACAACCAUCAAAGAUGCUAUCAGUUCAAGAUCACGCCUACUACUGCUGGUGUAUGGAUGGAUUUCACCGUGUUGAUGGGAUACUACAGAAAUCAAAGCGGUAUUUUGUCUGGAAAAGAGCAGCGCAGAGUGCAACCACCUCAAGUACCACGGGCUAUGUGCUACAUACAAUGGAGCCACACCUGGAUCGGGAAAAGGAGGAAGUUUGCAAUUUCGAGAUGACCUAG